AGCUCAGUUACGCCGCGCCCCUUGCGAAGUGCGCUGCGCCUCACGAGCGAGAUCACGGUGUCUUCGCGGCUCGAAAAAUACUUUUUCCGACCACGUUUCCGCGUUCUCGCAAAGAUUUUUUUAGUUUUAUCGUGCGUGCUUCCUUCGUUCUUUCCCUUCUUUUUUUUCGCUUCCUACAGAUACGUCGAGUUAUACAAAGGGAAUAAAUUAUCGAACCACGUUUCCAUGUGAUCGAAUCGUGUUCCAGUCACCUCACGAGUUUCACGAGAUACGAGAGCGUGGUUGGAUCGAGAGUGACAUACGAUAAUACUCGAGUGUGGCAGUGAUGUAAAAGUGUGGUAAAUUGACAGGAAGAUUUUUGUGAGUCGAGUAUAUUGUGAGAUGUGUUCUUGUUGAUUUUUAUUAUUAGACGACUGGAUGAAAGGACUAGUAGAUAAAAGAAGAUUGUGUGGGUGUUGAUUGAACGGGGUUGCGUUGAAAUGUGUAGAUAAAGUUAAAAAAGAGACUCGAUUCCGUUGGUUACGAGUAGAAGAGGCUCGAGUUUACACGAUGGAUAAUGGACUUUGCUGAAGGACUUCCCUUCAGUUUCUUUUAACACAGACGCUUCCGGUCACGUACCUCGAGAUCGAGAAUCGAGAAUAUCGUGGCAUUCACGGGGAUAGAAAACAGCUUUGCGAUGAACCAAGUGAAACGAGGCAUUAGAUCGGCUGUUUUCGUAUCUUGAGACUAUUUAUCAAAGGUCACCGCACGAGGAAAAGACAAAGGAGAAAGAAUUCCGAUAUGGACGAUCUGAAAUCCCUCAACAAUUCGAGCCAACCCCUGUGAAGGGCAGGAAAUAAAUGGAUACGGGUGAAGGGAAGAUGAAGCGUGAAGAAGCAAGCAAGAAAGAAAGCCAAUAGAAUCAGGUUACCUCUAACAUCGGUGGAGGAUUGCAUCUUGUGUUCGUGGUAAAUUCCAAAGACGAUCUUCCACCAAUUCAUCCGUGUCGAUCACUCGACAUACAAGUCAAGGCCACGAUAAGAUAAUAAAAAGAAGGAAAGAGGGAAAAGGGUGGACGCUCUGGAGAAUGAUGUGGGUCACGGUUCUGGAUAAACCCGUGGGAUUGAAUUUGUUCGACCGAUGAUACACACGGUUUAAUUAAAACAGGCUUUGCCUGUAUUUCAUCAGGAGGAGAGGAGAGAGAAAGAGAGAGAGAAAAAAAGAACUUACAGAUUCGAUCAACCAGGUUUGAAAUAUUUCGGAACGAACGACCUAAUACGAUAAAAGAGUAUCGAGGCUGAUAUUUUUGUCCCAGCCUUUUUUGCAUACUAAAAUUUUCUCCAUUUCAGCGAUUCCUAUUUAUUUCUUUUAUUAUAAAACUUUAUGGGAAUUGUUCCAGUUUAUUUUUUUUUUCUUUUUAUUUCGUUGGUUGAGAAUAUAUAAUAUAAUACAGGAAAUACAGGAAAGGAAUGAAUGAAAAAUAUUAAAAGCAUUUAGCAUAGAUGGAAUAAAAAUUAUAAAAUUAUUAUAUAAUUAUUUCAACGAUUUUUAAUAACUUUAUUAUUUAUCUUAUCAAAUUUUAAUGUUUAACAUUUUAAUUGGAAAUUAAAUUCCCUCAAAAAUUGCUUAAUAACUAUUAUAAUGCACAUUGUAUAUUCAAUUAUUAUAAUAUUAUCCGUAACUUUUCGCUUCGAAUUACAUUAUAAAAUAUAAUUUAUAAAAUAUAAUAAUAAUUAUUCUAAUAAUUAUUAUUAUAUUAUUGUUUGUAUCGUUAAAUUUUAAUAUCAUCUUCAAUUCUUCAAGAACGAAUAUUACAUUAAAACAUUAUUCGAUAUUAAUAUUGUGCACAACUUUUGUCACAAAAAGAAUUUAUAUAAUUGGUAAGAGAAAAAUUUUGUAUCACGAUACGAAAAACGUUGAAAACUAUCUCGUUUCAAAGAUACAUUAUUUCCGAUAUUCAAAUUGAUUCCUUUCUCACUUCAUCGAUUGCCCCUCUCUCUCUCUCGUUUUUACUAAUGAUUCUUCUUUCACGCUCCCUCCUACUCACAUCCUUUCUUUGUCGCGAUUUUAUUGCUUCCCAACCCCUAUUUAUACGCGCACUAAAAUUCCACCACGCUCAUUAUCAAAGGUUUUUAUCAUCGUGGUAAAUAAUUCUUGACGCAAACCAGCAUUUCAUCGUUUACAACGCGUUUAUUUAGCUUAUAAAAACGUCUAGCUCGUCAAGCUUUUGCUUUUCAUCUCCAAGGAAAUACACGGCAAUUACCGUUUUUAUAAUAUCGAUAAACGUAAUGCGAAUGUAUGUUUGCAGAUCCAUAACACACAGUCGUUGACGAAAGAUAAAUAUUUUAUCUUUAAAUACAAUUUUUAAUGAAAUUGAAGUUAUCAUUAUAUAUAUAUAUAUAUAUAUAUAUAUAUAUAUAUAUAUAUAUAUAUAUAUAUAUAUAUAUGAUGAAGAAGAAUCGUCAAAAAAUGAAAGAAAUAUUAAUAUUUGUUAUUUACUCUAAAAAAUUAUUUCAUUCUUUCUUUUUUUUUACAGAUUAAUUGCCAAGUGUGUAAGUUAAAAAUAUUUUUAUUUUCAAACUGAUUUUGUAGCUGAUGAAAAUAUUGUAAAUAUUUUAAAUUUAGAUAUUUUAUAUAAUGUUUCAUAUAUAAUUUUUAUUCUAAAAUAAAAAUUGUAAAAGAAUAAUAGAUGAAAAAAAUUUUACAAUUCCAUUCACGAAAAUAAAAUUGAUCUUCGUAUGUUGUUCUAUUCUUUCAAACUUGUAUAUAAUUGUUAUUAUACAAUAACAAAAAUUAAUAUUUUUGAAUUCACUAUUCUGCUAUAUGUUUCAGUUGUCAUAUCCACGAUAUUAUAAAUUACGACAAAAAGGAAUAGAACGAUCAAAAAAAUUGCAUAAAUAACAACGUAAUUCGAUUUUUCAAAUUUUCAAGUUAUACCGCUAUAUUGUGAAAAGAAAUUACCACUACAUCACGAGGUUAAGAAGAAAAGGAACAUAGAGUUGACGUUUUCGCAAAACGACGAGGUGGAUAUAAAGUCUCAAAGGAUACGUUGAAAGAAAGAGGGUGGGAAAAAGGGCACAGAAGAAAGGAGUCACGGAGCUUUUCCACUUUAGCAACGUUCCCAGAAACCAGAAUUUCUAUACUCGCGUGUCUAUUCAAGCUGCUUGUCAGAUUCUUCUUUGCGCGUGAACGUCAAAAGUCCAAAACGAAAAGAUAUCAUAAAAAUCGCUUAACGAGUUCCCAAGACGAUUCAAGUGCACCGGGUACAUGAUACCCUGAAGGAAGUCCACUUUGAAGCAUCGUGUUCGAAGCGAGUCGAUACGAGUUUUUCCUCUGUAUCGAGAUUAACCAUUGAAAAUUCUGAUAUAAUUUGGAAAAAUUAAAAUCAGUUAAAAUUAUUACGUUAUUACAUAUUUUUAUUGAUCAAUCAACAUAAAGAUAGACGUCGAAUUCCAUUCUCCGUCAAAUUCUAAUUAUUUUUCUUUAUUCGGAUUAUAAUUUUACCUUAAAAAAAAUUAGAAGAAAGUUAAAUAUAUCAAUUUCCAAUCUAUCGAUUCUCGAAAAACCCCGCGAACAAUCCUUCAACAACACAUCUCCUCUCGCCGAAUCGGACGAAACUUAAAUUCAUUAAAAAAAAAAGAAACCUACCGCGCGCCUGGAUUCCGCCAAAAACACCGGAAACCGCAACAACAUUCGUUCCGAUACCUCUUCCUGUAUAUCGUGAAAAAAACAAAAAAAGAAAAAACACGAGAACCUGCGCAAAAACUCUCGAGUGAAUUAUUCGAGGGAUAAAACCGAGCCGACAACAAAGAGGAAAAGGAAAGCAAAGGAACCUUGCUAAUAACCGGAAGAAUUAAAAAAAAGAAAAAAAAGAAAAGAAAGGAAAGGAAAGGAAAAAAAUAGAACGAGGAGAGCUCGCGUCCCCGUCGAAAAGUGUUGGACCGCGAAAUUACGGGCGUGGAGGGAACGUGUUACCUAUUACGUGGCGGCCUUGUGUACAAGUCGAAUUGUCCGGAAAGAGAAAAUCCAGGCCGUGGAUCCAGCGCACUGAAAUCCUUUCUGUCGUAAUUAACUGCGACACCGGCUAUUAAGCGGAAAUUCGCGACGUUACAAACGUAGAGUGGGAGGAUGGAUAUGGACGGGAUAGGAGGGUUACGUGAUCGAAAUUCCUGCCACCUGUUUAUAUGACGGUAAUCAAUGAUCGGGCUGCUGAUCAAUUAUUCCGGGAAUUAUGGGGCGAAUUACAUUUGCGGAAGGGGGAAGGGGCGGAUUAGAGGGGAUGAGGCGAGAUUUCGUUUCUUCUCUCUCUCUUUCUCUAUUGGAGAGGGAGGUUUGGCAGAGGUUUGGCGGGGAUAACGAUCGGCGGCGGUGAUAAUGGGAAAUUAAAAAGUCGAGAUUGCCACGAGGUUGACCUGGUUCCGCGUGUUAAAACGGGUAAUUGAAAUUAACAUCGACGAUUCACCUACGAUUCGUGUGUGUACAACGUUAUAAUGGGAUUGUGCGUGUUUGUAACGAGGGGUGUAGAGCGUGUUUUUCGAAGUGUUUCACUCGUGGAAUUUUGAAUCGUGUGCGAGGUUUAUUGUUAUUUUUUAAUAUCGUGAGGAAAUAUUCGAUUUUGCGACUUUAUAGAUCGUAGCUUUCAUAUAGUGUCUCUUCGUUUAAUAUAUUGAAAUAUAGAAUUUCUAGAUCACGCUUUGAAGGAUGAAAGAAAGAAUCUUGGAAACGUUAAAAGAUAGAGAUCAGCGGUGUUAAAAUAUUAUCUCGAUGAGAUCUAUUUCUAAAUAUAAUUUCAACAUGAUAAAAUUUUCGAAUAAUAGUUCAAAUAUAAGUGUAAAAUUUAAAACGAUUAAUGAUUGAUAAAUAAAAAUAUGGAUCAAUUCGUAAUUCGAGCUCGACGUAUAGUUUGAUCGUUAAUUCGUGGUGGUAUUAGUUUAAUUCGUAGGUGUCAUUAGCGGAAGCACACAACGGAUAUCCCGUUAUGUGGAUUUGUAAUUAGUAAACCAUACAUACCAUACAUACCGCUCUUUAUUGCCGUUAAACGAAUCCACUUAUACAAUUGAUUUCACGCUAAUGAUUUGUCUAAUGAUUUCGCAGGUUAAAACGUGUCCAGCGUCACUCGUUAUACCGCGACGAUGACGAGGAUCGUGUGAUUUGUGGGGCCGGAAAAGUAUUAAUGAUGGAUGAAACUGGUUGAUAGAGGUUUCCACGGCGUGUUUAAUAUAAUAUUGUUAAAGAUCUAAUUGAAUUAAAAUCCAGUCGCGUAACCCCAUUAUGUGGAAAUUUAAUUGAAGUAGUUUACAGAAAUUAGUCAACCGGAUAAUUUUAAUCCGCUGUAUUAACCGAGUGUCUUUAGCGAUUAGCGAAGUCUGAUUAAUUAAAACUCGGUAUUCUGCCGAGUGAUUUAUUAAGUAAUUUAAUUGAAAAGAGAGAAGAAACAGCUCGAGCUAUUUUGCUACUAUUGAAACUAUUCCCUUUGCAAAGAAAACUUUACAAGUUUAUUUUAUUGGAUCGGUUGUGAAUAAUAUUGGAUUACAAUGAAUUUAUCUCUCUCUAUUUUUCUUUUGUUUUUAUAACAACAUUUUCGACAGCUUCUUCAUAUCUCGAAAAGAAAAAUAAAGAGAAAGAUAUUCUUUUCUCCCUAAAACAAAUUAAAAAUAAAUUAGAAUAGAAAGUUUAUUUUCAACAAUCUUACUCUCCAGAAAAAUCUUCAAUUCUUAUUUAUUUUUUUCAGUGUAACCCAACCAAAAAGAAUUUGAAAAAUCAACGAAAAAUCAAUAAUCAUUUCGUGUCUUAACUUAACAAGUGAAUAUUAACUCUGGCUAGAAUAAUGAGAAUAAAUGUUGAAAUAUAAGAUAUUUCUCACGUACGGAUUUUUUUUAAAAGACAGAUUUUAUAAAUAUAGCGUAAUAUCAAUGCCUCCGCAAAUAACUCCAUUUCAAAUCGAGUUUUGAAGUAAAGUGUCCGGAAGUUGUAAAAGGGACAUAGUUGCUGUCACGUACACAGCUUGGAAGUUUGACUGUGGACGAUCCAUUUUCCCCGUAUGCAGUCUCUCGCUACACAAAGUCAAACAUACCAUCGAUAUCUUGUAACUUUUGACGUGUCCAUUACUUUGGAAGUUUGUCCCAGUAAAAGUUAUUCGGUCCAUCUUAAUCACAGCUAUGGUAAGAUUACAGGGUGCAUCCAAGAGUUUGCGUCAAAUCUUAUAUGGUGUCCAAUAUAUUUAAUCCUUUUUUCUUUUUUUCGUUAUUUUCGCGAGAAAUUUUUAAGAAUAAAAGAAAGAUUAAUAACGAUAUCCUACUAGUAAUAUUAAUAAGCGAAAUUUAAGAUCAAACGUUAUUAUCUGAAAAUCUGUAUUAGUAACUGGUAGAGGUGUGUGGUGAAUCCUGGUGUAACCAAACACCCAUUAUCUCGGUAUCCUAAUAUCCGAAUGUUCUAUUAUCCAAACGUUGUUAACGGAAUAUCAUCUAGAAACAGAUGCUUUCUCUUCAAUACGAAUUUAACACUAAAAUUAUUAUUGCCGAAUCGAAUAACUGGUUUUAAUUAAACCGAUCUUUUUCUUUUCUUCUUUUUUAAUUUUUAAUAAGAAGGCUUUUUGUACGUCCUCUUUUCCAUUCUAAGGACAAAUCACUUGAUGGAAAGAAUUUACGGCGGUAUAAGUGAAAUGAAUUUUCACAAAUCAAUUGUUAGAGCAAAACGUGGGGUACAAUUGACGUUAAAAAUGCAUGGAAUAUUUCGUAUCAAAACGGAACGAGUUACUAUAAUUGUUGAACGAAUUAACACACGAAUUAGCAUAACUUCGUGAUGGAUGUAAUUGGCCAUUUAAAUAAUCUAAGGCCGACUCCCAUUUGAACAUUCCAUUGGAUAUUAAAACACGUGGCUAAAACGAUAAUGCUUUUGCGUUCUUGCGUUCCUUCAAAAAUUCUACGUUUCUCUGUAAUUACGGGAUACAUCAAAAACUUGGCUAAUUUGCAUUAUAAAAAUAUAAGAUUGAAACAUUUCUAUGUUACAUGUUAACCCAGUUUCAAUUUCUGAAAAAUCCUUAAUUCUAAUAUCGAAAUGAAAUAGAAUAGAAUUUUAUUUGAAUUCGUAGAAAUGAAACACUUGUAAAGAAUGAAAAUUUUUAAAAUAAGAAAUUAAUUAAAAUAAUUUUUGGAUUAAUCUUGCAAGAUACGAAAUCUAAGAAUAAUACCUUUGAAAAAGUUAGAAAAAUAAAUUCAGAAGAAUUUAAUCCACCGUAUAUACCGCAAGUAACUUGUUAGAAUAAUCGUUGAUCGCGUUUAAGCAUCUAGUUACUCGCUCGGUAACACGAAUAUUCCUUCGUGGCCAAUAUUUCGACCACGUGCCCAUGCCCACACGUCGGCAUUCGCGUUGGUUUAGUUUACUGCCCGUUGGGAAUCGUAUGUACCUCUAUUCCCUGUCACGUUGGAUCGUGUACGGUAUGAAGCUAGCUCACGUGCAUGUAUGCGUAACCCGGCUGCGAUUUUUACCAUUUAGGUUGGUUGAUCCUUGCGUACGAGAAGAUUUUUCUUUUCGCCUAUUUUUUUUUCUUUUUUUUUUUUUUUCCUCGUUUCGCAACGUAUCUUGAAAAAUUUGGAUUUCGGGCGGAUGUGUCCGAGGUUUUUUGUCUCCCCCUCUUUAUGAUACAGUUCGUAAUACGGGAGAAGAAAAAUGAAAAAAAAGGGGGGGACGUAGAUAGAGUAUGUUCGUUUUGAAUGUUGCAGAUAUUUUUUAUUCGCCUAUAUUUGUUAUUUUUAAAAAUCUUCUUUGAUAUUUUCUAUCUUAUAUUUAUUUGACUAUGGAUUGCAUUUGUCCGAUAAACGACUGAUUUAUGCUACUUGUUUAAUUAGGUAUUGUAUUAUAUUGUUUGAUUAUGUUUAUCUGUUAACUCGUAGUAUCAAUCUUUUCGAAUAUUUCUAUUUUAUAUAUAUCUGAUUACUUUAAUUUUAACUUAUUAUUUAAAUAAAUGGAACAAGAACAAUCGCGAGCUGAUGAAAUAAAACAAUCAUGAAUUGAAUAAGUCGAGUUGUUCUUGAUAUUGAAAAGGAUUCGACAGUAAUUAUUUAUAUAAUAUUUAACGAAUUAAAAAAGAAAAAUAUCGAAUCACUUCGUUGUCGAUCCCUCUUCGAUUAAACGUUGAAUACCAUAUUGGAAUACUAAAGAUUACUAUAAUAACAAUUUUCAAUGAAGUAAUACUUUAAGCUAAGCGGAUUUUCGUAAGUAAUUUGUAGGCUUUUUUCAAACCUGACAGGGAAAAGCCGAUUAUACAUCCUCCUGUCGACGAUCGUUCGCGGUAAAGAAUUGCUUAAUCGGCUAACAAUAUUUGACAUAUUAAUACGAAAAAUGCUAGCUUUACAGCGAUUUAGAAUAAAAUAGUAUUGAAAUCGGUUUAACCAAUACAUCAACACAGGUAAGGAAAAUAUUUACAAAAUCAGAAGUUUAAUAAAAUCCUAUAAUUUUUCUCCCCUUCUACAAUGAAAUAGAAAAGAAUGUUCUGUUUCCAUCAUCGAUACAAUUCCACGAUACUUUGCUCUCAAUAUUUUUUAUUAAAAAUCACAAUAAAAUAAAAAUUAAAUUCUCCUCAAGUUUUCGAGAACCAAUAGUCGCACCACAGAAAGCCUCUGCCAAGCCUUUACUGGGCGCACGAUGACCGAGUGGGUCCAGGAUCCAUUGCAAAAUUCCUGAAGGGUAUGGAAGCACGAUCCAUGGCAUCUCGCCGAAUAUUAUCGCGGCCCACGCGUAAAUUAUGCAGAGCGGAAGCCUAGUAUGCGAAACGAUGCCAAUGGCUCGUCCAUUAUCGCGACGCCGAAGAUGAUGCCAAUCGUAGUUAAAGGACGAGAAGUCGCGAUAAUCCAUCCUUGACGUCGUUACAGUCCUAUCGCGAAGAGAAAAGAGAUAUUUUCUUAUUGCUCGAGCGAAGAGAAUCGUUCGAUCACGAUUUCUGCUAUUUGGUACAAAUCAAUUGGAUCUGGUGGUUCCUUGAUUUUCUGCUUUUGAACUGGAUUGCAAUUAAGAGUGGUUUCGUUUGAUCGAACGCAAUACAAAACGAGUUAAGACUGUAUUUUGUGAAUGUGAUUCGUUAAAAAUUGCGAGGACAUUGAAGAAGACGUCAAGACAUUCGUAAAAGUGUGACAAACAAUACUUUCUUAAGAACGUGGAAGUAAUUCAUUGGAUAUCUAUGGAUGAUUCAAAGAAAAAGUCUGAGAAAAGUAUUUGGAGGAUAACUAUCCGAACUAUUUUCUCCUUUUACCCCACGUAUUUCCAAACAAAAACCAGAUGAAACCAAUUGAACCGAAGAAAUGAAGUAAUCCGCAGGAAACGUCUCGUCGCUUCUCCUAUCCUCCUUACAUGCGUAACAGGAUUAUUGGCCGAUUCCACCAUUCCCGUGGAAAGUUGCUCGACGAAGAGGGGACCAACUGGCAGCUCCCUUGGGAGGUCGAGCGAAAGCAAUUGCUCUCCGCACCCGCGUCUCAUUUCUGCUCGAACCGCGACCGUGACGAAGAGAAAUUCGGACUCGGCUCGUGGGUAAAGUUAUUAUCCUUGUGGCAUGGAAUGGAAAAGAGGGAGGGGGGAAGAAUAGUGGAACGACGAGGGCGGAAGGAAAGGAGAAAAAUAAAUAAAGAAAGGUUUUUGAAAAAUUCUUGCUACUGAAAAACGCGGUGCCGCCUAGUUUGAAUCUAGUUAAAUUUCUCCUGAGUGGAAAAUUUUGUGAGGAUGAUUUGUGUAUCCUUGGUUUAGAAUUUGGAGAAACAUGUUGAAGAAAAAUCGAACGAACGUUUUGAUGUUGUAUACGAAGGAAGUUGUUGCGAAAUAUAUAAACUCGAUAGUCAUUUUUUUUUAAACAACACACUUCUGGAUGGAAACAGUGUUAUUUACAGUCGUGCAACUUAAUCGAUACGGUUUUGCGUUGGAACCUUAGGCUGGAAGUGACUUAGAGAGGCGGGAGAUGACAGCGAUGUCGAGGCAGCGGUACGCGAACCGCAGCAGCGGGAACAGAUAAGGAAGGGAGGAGCCACGCGUCGGGCAAUCAUGUGUAGUGUCAUGUGGCUCCUUCGGCUCCUAACGACUUGCUGCCUCGUUUAUCUAUCGACGUCCGACUUCCACACAGAUCUAUCAAUAAUAACAGAUUCAAUAUCAACGAAAUCGACAACGGCGGCAAAGCGAUCGGUACCGACGGAUGCGCCGAUGUUGAACUACAUUUUCGAUGCGCACAGCACGCUGAACAAACAUCAACACCAUCACGAUCACAGGUGGGGCCCCCAUUUCGAGGGAGAAAGCAAGAAUAUGACGGUACAGGCUGGCGGUAGCGCCCUGCUUGACUGCAGGAUAUCCUUGCUACAGGAUAAAACCGUGUCUUGGGUACGUAGGCAAGACAAUGGGGAAAAGGUAAAUUUGCUGACAGUGGGUCAGCAGACGUACAUAGGAGACCCAAGGUACACGGUGAAGUUCCAAUACCCGGAUAACUGGCGUCUACAAAUCCGACCGGUGAACAGUAGCGACGAGGGCCAGUACGAGUGCCAGGUCAGCACUCAUCCGCCCAAGUAUAUUCACGUGAAUCUUCACAUCAACGCACCAUCCGUCCAAAUAGUGGACGCCCUGGGUGAACCUCUGAGAGACAAGUAUUAUGAGGCUGACAGCACUAUAGAGCUGUUAUGCGUUGUGCGCCACAUAGCAAUGCAAGUGCAGUACAGUGUCGUGCAGUGGCUUCAUGGCAACAGAGUUUUGAACUAUGACACGACGAGAGGUGGUAUCAGCGUGAAAACGGACCUAAUGGAAGAGGGGGCCAAUUCGACUCUCAGCAUAGCGAGGGUGGGACCAGCUGACAGCGGAAACUACACGUGCCAUCUAACCACCAUGCCCGAUCAACCUGCCACCGUUCACGUGCAUGUGCUGAACGGAGAAAGCUUAGCCGAGCUGCAUCACGGGUCCGCAGAGGUCGCCAGUAGCGGUUCGUUGCUGCUCCUCUUAUGCGUCUUUCUCGGUCGGAUACAACAGGUGCUGAGAUGAAGGAUCGACCAGUUUCGUCGCUUCCUCGCUGCAUCACAAUAAACAGAACUUUUAUAUUAUCGUUGGGAGAAUGGACGUGGCCAUACGUGAACAAGAAACGAACAAGGAAGAAACGUGAAAAAACGAACGAGAGGAGGGCGGUGAAUGCAAAAAACUUGAAAAGUUGAAACUCUGCGAGAGGAGAAUGGGCUUGAGGCGUGGGGAAAGGUUGGCAGCAUUGGUCCGCCAUUGUCUUUCUGCGUCGCUCACAUCCUUGAUUCCAUCUGUCAACUUGUCAGAGCGCUUCGACUUCGCGUUUUUUGUCCUUCCAGCUAGUGGAGCACUGGUGGUUAAUCGGAAGCUGAUGAAUCAUCCUGGGAGGAGGAAUUUGUCGAUGAUUGGUUGGGUUCCAGGACCCGAGGAGAUUGAGAGGUUAAGAUUCGUCUUGUGCCUUUGUAUUUCGGUUUUCGGGGUAGUUUGGAGUUUAGUUUCGAUAGGAUGUUAUUAUAAUUAACCCUUAUGUCGAUAUUUCAAAUAUCUUUUGUUGUUUUUGGAGGUGGAGGGGAAGAUACUUGGAUUUUCUUUUUUAUUUAUUUGCGUAAAAUUCUAAAAUAUUUCCAAUUUUAAUUUAAUUAUUAUUUGAUUUAUAUUCUUAGAUUGGAAGUUAGAUCUUUAAGGAUUUUUUGAUUAUUGAAAUUUUACAAGUCGAAUUCGAUGUCGACAAUUCGAUCAAUAUUAUUGAUAUAAGGGUUAAAAAUAAAUUAAUUUAAGAUAAGUUAGUUGUAAUAAUCCGAAUGUGGUGUAUACAUUUCAUAUCCAUUUUAGGUAUAAAUGUCUCGCAACCUAACGUGGAUGUCAGGUGCAUAUCUUUUGCUAAGUUAAUUCGUAUAAUUGAAAGUAUCAUUCUCAUUCAUUCUACAUUGAUCCUGUAUGAUAAAUCUUGAAAUCAUCGAAUGCAUAAUCAAGUUUAUGAUAAUAAAUAAGUACGUACAGAUUUAAUACGUACGAAAAUAUAGAAAUAUAUUACGAUUUUGACAUAUCUAUAUUGUUCAACGCUCGGAUAGACUGAAUUACCAAGUAAUUACCAAGUAAUUAAACCAGGCAUAGAAAAGAGAAAAAACUUAACACAUUCACCGUCUAUAUUUGUAUUAUAAAAGAAAAAUGUUCUUUCUUUUUGCGUUAAAAUCCUUAGAAUUACGAAUUAAAAAUUAAAAAUUAUCUUAACCUUCAUAUAAAUGGAUAGUAAACGUGUUAAGUUUCAUCGAAUAAUCAAUCAUUCCAUACUUUUACAUUUAUUUCUCUUUCUUAUUUUAUACAGAGAAAAAUGAUAGGAAUAUGGAUUAUUAUAUAUAAAAUUCCUUAUUAUCCUCUUUUUCAACUGUAAUUUUAUAAGUCAAAAGUCAAAAUUGCAUAUUCCAUAUUCCCAUCACUUUCUCUGUGUUAAGCAUUAUCGAGAACCAAUACUAAAAAAUAUCCAAAAGAAUCAUUGGUAAAAAAAAAAAAGAAGCACAAUAUGUAACUAAAAAUUCCUUCCUCCCCGAAAUUGAAACAUUUCUCCCAAAUUUUUUAGGAGAUUUUGUCCUCGGCAAAAAUGCAGAAAAAAAAAGAAACUUCCACGAAAAGUCGGUCCUCAAUCGAAUUUCCAUAAACGCAUUCCACAAUCGUCGAAGCGUUCCAAAUAAGUGUCGGAUGCAGGGACGUCGACAAAGGAAGUACGAGCCAUGCGCCACCGAUUUCCUGUAGGACGCGUGUCGGUGAAGUUCGAUUAUGCCCGGAAACCACCUCGACGCCCCUGUAUUUCCUUAUUCACUGCCGUUCCAGAUCCUUCUUGAGAAGCAAGUUUUAUGAGGCACGAUGAUCCUUCUGAACGAUCCUAUCUUGACGUGUGUUCGUCGAAAAAAAAACAGCCGCGAUAAAUUUAUAUCAUAUAUCGAUGAUCGAGCAUCUUAGGUAUACGGGUUAAAUAUUUGUUUCGAAAACUGAACGAUUCGUUGCGAGGAUCCACGCGAGGAUUGUUCAAAUUUAUUUAAUUAUGAAUCCCCUUUUGUUAAAUUAUUUGGAUUUAUUUAUAUAUCGAUUUCCAAUCGAUUGUUCAAUAAAAUAAAAUUCAUAUUUUCUUAUGACGCGAAGAAGAAUAGAAUUGAUUCUUCCUUAUUACAAUUAUAUCCAGGUUAAAAUUGAACUAUCCUCGCGAAAAAAAAUAAGAGUCGAUUGUGAGAUAUAUUUGCCUAGAUACGGACCACUUGAGCGAGGCUCGAAUUAUCAGUAUUAUCUAAUUUUUUAAAGAGCCAGAUUAAAGCGCGAGUGAAAGAAACCGGAAGUCGUCAAAAGCGCGCAAAGUCGAUGACGAAGCGGCAUCGUCGAGAAGGGCGCGAUCGAUGGCCAAUUAACCGCGUUGUGAACGUUAUAUUCGCGAAGUAAAUCAUUCUGAUUUAUUUCGAAGAAUGUUGAACAAGUGAUAAAAAAAAAAAACAAGUUGCGUAUGCAUGAUUCGUUGAAGCGAGUAUGUACGGGUGUGCUUAAUUCGUAACAGCGACACUAGCGCCACGUUUGUACAUAUGUAUGUAUACUUUCUUAAUUAACGAGAAAUUUGUUAUUUCAUUUUUAUUGUUGAGAAAUUAUAUUAUAAGGAAUAAGGGAGCGCGGGGAGUCCUGAGAAAUGAAAGUGAUAUAAAUGAAAAAGAUAUUUAAUUAAUUAAAUCAUCACGAAACAUCUACGAGAAAAAUUUAAAAAUUCUCGGACGGAAUUCAAUUUUCUUCGCGCAACUUUCAUUUUAACGGACGAAUACAAAUCGAAACGAUGUUGUUUGUUCGAAGGAUGAAAUAUUCUUUAGAAAAUUAUUGGAAAGAUUAUUGGGAGGUGUUACGAAUUAAGGAUAGGAUAUUUGUAAAGCGACUCAAUGGGCACAAUGGGAUGUGAAAGAAAAAAAAAAAAAGAAAAACAUAACUGCCAACCUGAUCCCAAGCUCAUCAAUUAAAAGUGAUAAUGAAGAGAAGUUUUUAAAGCGAUGGCAGCUAACACGUUUUACAUAAAGUCGUUUAUUUUUUUUUUCCGGGAUUCAGUGAUCUAUCCGCUCCAUAGAUCAAACAGCUCGAAGAGCAAUCGAAUGUCUCUGUAUCGAGACAGAUCGCGCAGUAAUAUUCGAUAAAAUCGACGUAAAAUUCAAAGUUUUCUCCGACGGCAAAAUUAUGAAAUAUACGAUAUGCGUUUUACAAGA